AUGUCGGACACCUUCUGCCAACUGUGCAAGUGUUUCACGGAGGUUGUCUCCGACCACGCCACCGGCGACACCUCCUGCUCCGAAUGUGGGACUCUUGUCGUCGAAGAAACCUCCGAGUGGGUCCCUGACCCGACCCGGGAGCCCGUUAGCCCGGUUCGACUCGAGAGUGGGGUUUCCGGGUCCAAUGGAGCCACCGAGGAGGAGGAGGAGGAGGCCUUGCCGGCGCCGCGGCGGAAGCGGCGGGGGAGGCCAAAACGUCCGCCUUAUGAGUCUAUUGCUGAAGUGGCUAACAGGUUGGGACUUGGUGCAACUAUAAAGGAUCGAGCCAGUGACAUAUAUAAGAAGGUGAUUGAUCAGAAACCUCUCAAAUACAAAACUCCAGCUGCAGUUGUGGCUGCUUGCGUCUACGUUGCCUGUAGACAAGAAAGUAAUCCCCGUACUGUGAAAGAAAUGUGCUCAGCAAAUGGAGCUAAAACGAAAGAAGUUGUUAGGGUAAAAGACUUCAUCAUGAAAUACUUAGUGACUGAGGGUCAGGAAAUAGUAAUUGUUCAUGCUGCAGAUUUUCUGACACAUUUUUGUUCUGUUCUUGGAAUGUCAAAUAUAGAAGUCAUGGCUGCCCAAGAAACAGUCAGAAAUUCUGAAGAACUUGCAAUAAGGAGGAGCCCAAUAUCGUUGGCAGCUGUUGUUAUUUACAUCAUAGCUCAACUAUCAAAUGACAAGAAGGCUGUUAGAGAUGUUGCGUUAGUCACUAGAGUGGCGGAAGCGACCAUAAGGAAUUCCUACAAAGAUGUGUAUCCUCAUCUGUCCGAGGUCAUACCAACCUGGUUUGCCAAGGAGAAAGAUUUGAAGCAGCUGCCACGAGCUUGACAAUUUGGUCAUGCUCCAUCUUUCAUUUGAAGGCAUUAGGAAUUCUUUCAAUCCCAUAUAUUUUGCUAUAAUUACCGUGUAAAUAGAAUAGGUUUGCUAGAGCAGAGAGACCCAAAUUAGAGGCUUUGAAUAUCUGACGUGGGUUUUCCUCACAAAUCUGUUGUUUGUAAUGAUCUCAACCCUAGUAUUGAAAUGCAGCCAUUCUCAAGUCAUCUCU